GCAUUUGAUAUUAAGAGGAAAAUUACAAGACUAGAGAUAUGGCCACAAAAACCCAACAUUUUGGUCCCUCAUCAACAUUCAUCACUCUAUUUUUAGUGUUACUCCUCCACAUUCAUUAUGCAAAAAGUGAUCUCAAGUUAAAUUACUACUCAGAGAGUUGCCCAAGAGCUGAAGAAAUCAUAAAAGAACAAGUCAACAAGUUGUACCACAAGCAUGGGAAUACUGCCGUUUCUUGGAUCAGAAAUCUAUUUCAUGAUUGCAUGGUUAAGUCAUGUGAUGCAUCAAUACUGUUGGACAAAACAAAGGAACAAACAUCAGAGAAGACAUCUCAAAGAAACUUUGGGAUGAGAAAUUUCAAGUAUAUUGAAACUAUCAAAGAGGCUCUUGAGAAUGAAUGUCCCAAUAUUGUUUCUUGUGCUGAUAUUGUUGCUCUUUCUGCUAGGGAUGGUAUUGUUAUGUUAGGAGGGCCACAAAUUGAAAUUAAAACAGGCAGAUGGGACAGCAAAGAUAGCUACUUAGCAGAAGUUGAGAGUUUCCUUCCAAAUCACAAUGAUUCAAUGUCUUUAGUUCUUUCUCGAUUCAAUUCUGUUGGUGUCGAUACUCAAGGAACUGUUGCUCUACUUGGGGCGCACACGGUCGGACGAGUUCAUUGUGUAAACAUAGUACACAGACUCUACCCGACGGUUGACCCGACUCUUGACCCGGACUUUGCAAACUACCUCAAAACCCGAUGCCCAUCACCACAACCCGACCCGAAAGCAGUUGAAUAUGCUAGAAAUGACCAUAUAAAUCCAAUGGUGUGGGAUAAUUUGUAUUACAAAAACAUUAUGAGCAACAAAGGGUUAUUAAUUGUGGACCAACAAUUAGUGUCUGAUCCAACAACUUAUCCAUUUGUGGAGAAAUUUGCUGCUAAUAAUUCUUAUUUUAAUGAUCAAUUUGCUAAAUCUUUGAUUAUUUUGUCGGAAAAUAAUCCACUAAGUGGUGAUCAAGGGGAGAUUAGGAAAGUCUGUCGUCAUGUCAACAAGUGAUUAAUUAGUGUUUUAGUUAAUUAAAAGUACUUUUAUUUGUCUUGUUGGUAUGUCAACAACACUAGUAAAAUUAAUCAAGUGUACCAAAAAUGUGCCUACGUUGUAAUGUAUGUGCACAUAAUUGCUAA